AAGUAGCCGAGGCCUUGCGGCCGAGCGCUUUCGUUCAACUCCGGCUCCUCAAGGGGCGUUUCCCUUCGUUUCGGAGUCCUUGGAGCGAAGGCAUUUUAAAAUGCCUCCUUUAUUAAUUUUCUUCCAAAGACAAGGGAAGGCCGGCGGACGACCUAUAGGCCCUUUAGUUACCAAGUCGCAGUGGUACGCGGAGGACCGAGACCAGGAACGGACGUUGACCUUUAACCUCUAGCCCGGGCGGCGGAGGGAAACGCCUCCGUCUCUAUAUAAGGAGUUUUCCGGCCGCUCUGGGCCCUUUUUUCCCUCAGCACUGGCCGUGGGCUCCCGGCGCUCUAGUCCUCCGCUUUUGUUCAGCUCCCCGUUCCAGCCUUCGCCAUGGGAUUCGGAGACCUGAAAACCCCUGCCGGCCUCCAGGUGCUCAACGAUUACCUGGCGGACAAGAGCUACAUUGAGGGGUACGUGCCAUCACAAGCAGACGUGGCAGUAUUUGAAGCAGUUUCUGGUCCACCACCUGCUGACCUGUGUCAUGCCCUACGUUGGUAUAAUCACAUCAAGUCGUAUGAAAAAGAAAAGGCCAGCCUGCCGGGAGUGAAGAAAUCUUUGGGCAAGUAUGGCCCUACCAGUGUAGAAGACACCACAGGAAGUGGAGCUGCAGAUGCUAAGGAUGAUGAUGACAUUGAUCUCUUUGGAUCUGAUGAUGAGGAGGAAAGCGAGGAAGCAAAGAAGCUACGAGAAGAACGCCUUGCACAGUAUGAGUCCAAGAAAGCUAAAAAGCCUGCAGUUGUUGCGAAGUCUUCCAUCCUACUAGACGUGAAGCCUUGGGAUGAUGAGACAGACAUGACAAAACUAGAGGAGUGUGUCCGAAGCAUUCAAGCAGAUGGCCUGGUGUGGGGCUCCUCUAAAUUGGUUCCAGUGGGAUAUGGAAUUAAAAAGCUUCAAAUACAGUGUGUAGUUGAAGAUGAUAAGGUUGGAACGGAUAUGCUGGAAGAGCAAAUUACUGCUUUUGAGGACUAUGUACAGUCCAUGGAUGUGGCUGCUUUUAACAAGAUUUAAAUCAUUCUCAAGUCAGUGCACUUAAAUAAAAGCUUGAAAGAUAA